CAGUAUUCAUGGUCGCCCUCGCAGUACUUCGAUGAGGACAGCUACUCCCCUCCACCCAGGAACAUGAAGGGUCUCUCUGGCGGCCGCCCCUCUCAGCUCCACCUCACCUCUCCCACCUCAGCCCACACCUGCGGCCUGGCAGACUGCGACCACUCCCUGGACCACCACCUCCACCAUGGGGAGUCCCGGCACCCUUCCUACCUCCUCAGCCCCACCGAGAGCUGCCCUCUGGAGGGCCACCACCGCUGUUCCCCAAGGAGCUCCAUCCACUCUGAGUGCAUGGUAAUGCCCGUUUCCAUGUCAACUACUGACCACUCUGUCUCCAGCAGCACUUUCCCCCGCAUGCACUAUGGCAGCGGUUCCCGGGACAGCGGUGGCACAUCAGGCGGGAGGGAGUCCCGGGAAGAUGGCGGUGGCUCGUCAUCGCACGUCAGUGGCAGCAAAAUGAACCGCAUCCCGGCCAACCUCCUGGACCAGUUUGAGAAGCAGAUGCCACUGCACCGUGACGGCUUCCACACGCUGCAGUACCAACGCACCUCCACCACUACCACCACCACCACAGAGCAGCGUAACGAGAGCCCCGGGCGAAUACGCCACUUAGUCCACUCGGUGCAGAAGCUCUUCACCAAGUCCCACUCUCUGGAAGGUUCCUCCAAAAUGAACGGCACCAAAGGGGACUCGCACCGUGACGGCACACACCACCACCAUCACCACAACCAUGGCCACCACAAACACAGCAAGCGUAGCAAGAGCAAAGAGCGCAAGGCCGACAACAGUGGCAAGCAGCGCUCAGGCGGCUGGUGGAGCUCUGAUGACAACCUGGACAGCGACAGCACAUACCGGACGCCCAGCGUCAUGUCACGCCACGCGGUGGACCACAUCAGUCACUGCUACCCCGAUUCGGUGCACGGUCAUUUGGCGGGGGAUCUGUCGCUCAAGGCCUCCAAGAGCAACAAUGACGUCAAGUGCUCAGCCUGCGAGAGCAUAAGCAUGGUGCCUGAGAGCAAGUUCAUGAAGAGGAGCUCCUGGUCCACACUGACGGUCAGCCAGGCCAAAGAAGCCUAUAGGAAGUCCUCUCUCAACCUGGAGAAACCCAUGACGCCCACUGACCUAAAGCCUAACCUUAGAUCCUGUCACUACUUACAGGUGCCCCAGGAUGAGUGGGGGGGCUACCCAGGCGGCGGCAAAGAUGACGAGAUCCCCUGUCGCCGGAUGAGGAGCAGCAGCUAUGUCAAAGCCAUGGGGGACGAAGAGAGCGGAGAUUCCGACUCCAGCCCCAAGACCUCGCCGCAGAAGAUGGUCCGCCCAGACGCCCUGGUCAAGGCCGUCAUUAGACCGAGGGACCUGUUGGACUCUCAGAGUCAGAGCUACCAUUUGCAAUCAACCAGGGACAUGCACCCGAGCAUUACCUUGGAUCCCUCUGCCAACUACAACUCCCCAAAGUUUCGCUCCAGGAAUCAGAGCUAUAUGAGAGCCGUCAGCACCCUCAGCCAGGCUAGCUGUGUUAGCCAAAUGAGUGAGACGGAGAUAAAUGGCCAGUUUGAGUCGGUUUGCGAGUCGGUGUUCAGCGAGGUGGAAUCCCAAGCCAUGGAGGCCUUGGACCUGCCCGGUUGCUUCAGGACCAGGAGCCACAGUUACCUACGGGCUAUUCAGGCCGGCUACUCCCAGGAUGAUGACUGUAUCCCUUCCAUGGCCUCCUCCACUGUCACCUCCACCAUAAGGUCCACCACAGCGGUCACCUAUGCGCCUAGUUACAAGAAAACCCCUCCACCGGUCCCGCCCCGCACCACCUCAAAGCCCCUCAUCUCCGUCACCGCCCAGAGCAGCACCGAGUCCACCCAGGAUGCCUAUCAUGAGGGCAGGCACCCCCACGGCGGGAUGUGGGCCCCCGAUGGCCUGGGCCUGGGGCUCGGCCUUGGCCGGGCACUGUACAACUCGACUGACAGCCUGGACAGUGCCAAGGCCGUGACCAUAGCCAUGGAGGCAGCCGGGGUGAUGGCCGGGAAGAGACACCCGUCCACGGACAGCCACAGCUCGGUCCUGACCUGUGAUAAGGCCAUCCUGGUGUCCAAGGCUGAGGAGUACCUGAAAACACCUCGCUCCUCUAUCGGGAUACAGGUGGAAGCAGCCACGGACUCAGAAUCGGAGAGCAAAUCACGGGAAUACCACUCCGUUGGGAUCCAGGUGGAGGAUGACAAAAAAGGACAGGGCAGGUUUAAGCGCUCCAACAGCGUGACUGCAGCAGUGCAGGCCGACCUAGAGAUGGAGGGCUUCCCAACCAUGGAGGACAAGGGCCUGCAGUUUGGCGGGGGCUUCCAGCGACACUCGGAGCCCAGCACGCCCACACAGUACGGGGUGGUGCGCACUGUGCGCACCCAGGGCCUCUUCAGCUACCGCGAGGACUACCGCACCCCUGCCGAGCCCCCCAGCCCCAGGGAGACCACCAGCGACACCACCUGGCAGCUGGAGCCGCCCUCCCCAAGGGAAAGCGCGGCCUCGUCGGGUGAAUCGGGAAGAGUGUCCCCCUCCCUGCGGAGAGAUGGGAGCUGGUUCAUGCAGCUCCUCCACACAGAGACUAAAAGGAUGGAGGGUUGGUGUAAGGAGAUGGAGGCUGAAGCAGAAGAAAAUGACUUGUCAGAAGAUAUCCUAGGUAAGAUCCGGAGUGCAGUAGGCAGUGCUCAGCUGCUUAUGUCUCAGAAAUUCCAGCAGUUCUACUGGCUGUGUCAGCAAAACCUGGACCCCAGCGCCAUGCCACGGCCCACCUCUCAGGACCUGGCAGGUUUCUGGGACCUGCUGCAGCUCUCCAUUGACGACGUCACCAUGAAGUUUGACCAGCUGCAGCAGAUCAAGAACAACAACUGGAGGCCAACAGAUAGCCCAGAGAAGAAGCCACCAGCUCCCGUACCAAAGAAGACAGUGAGACAGAAGAGCGCAGUGACGCGGGAGAAGUCUCUGGACCUCCCGGACAGACACCGGCAGGAGGCCCGGCGGCGGCUAAUGGCGGCCAAGCGGGCAGCCUCCUUCCGGCAAAACUCGGCCUCGGAGCGAGCGGACAGCAUCGAAAUCUACAUCCCAGAGGCGCAGACUAGACUUUGA